GCUUUUUACCGCUGUCAUGGAGACUAUAGGUAAGGCUAACAAGGUGAGCAUUAUUUAGAGUGUCUUACGGAGGAUCAAUGGGGCUGCUGGACAGCUUGGCUACGUGGCUUGGUCUAAAGCAAAGACAAGCUAAAGUGAUAUGUGUCGGCCUGGAUAACAGUGGUAAAUCUACUGUCAUCAAUCAUCUAAAGCCGGAGAGUACAAAAGCCCACAAUAUAUUGCCUACAAUUGGGUUUAAUGUAGAAGUCUUCAAGCAUGAAAGUAUCUCCUUCACUGUUUGGGACAUGUCAGGUCAGGGAAGAUACCGCAACCUCUGGGAACAUUACUAUGAGUGAGUUUUGAAGUUUGAAGAGUAUUUUUAUACCAAGACACCAAAGGUGCAUAUCAUGCGAAUGGAUUGCCCAUCAUUCUAAUGCAUGGAUUAUGUUACACAUCUGUGUGAAUUUGCGGUAUUAAGUAUAUAUUUUGUCUGCCUUCACCCAGGGAUAUAGAAGCUGUCAUAUUUGUGGUGGAUAGCAGUGACAAACUGAGAAUGCCAGUAGCACAGGAGGAACUAAAAACCCUACUUACACACAGCAAGAUACAGGACCGAAACAUUCCAAUCUUACUUCUUGCUAACAAGAUGGAUAUUAGAGGCUCGCUGACAGCUAUACAGUGUUCAAAAGCCAUGGACGUAGACUUACUUGCUAAAGACAGACCAUACCAUAUAUGCUCCACUAAUGCAUUGACUGGAGAUGGACUAGAGGAAGCUGUCCAGUGGUUAAGUGCAAUAAGUCUUCCGCAGUCUACAAUGUCUGGCUCAUCGGUUGAUUGCGGUGAUGCGAAAGCCCGGGGCGUUACCAUUCCUCAGAGCGUCAACUAUCAUUUCACCAGGCAGUGUAACUACCACUGCGGCUUCUGUUUCCACACUGCAAAGACCAGCUUUGUUCUACCAAUAGACGAGGCCAAGCAUGGUUUGGAUUUACUCAGAGAUGCAGGUAUGGAGAAAAUAAACUUCAGUGGAGGGGAGCCAUUCGUACACAAGAAGGGAGAAUUUCUUGGAGAGUUAGUUCACUAUUGCAAGAACACUCUUCAACUUCCAAGUGUUACUAUUGUCAGUAAUGGAAGUCUUAUCACUGAGGAAUGGUUUCGCAAGUAUGGUGAAUCCUUGGACAUUUUGGCCAUAUCAUGUGACAGCUUUGACGAAAGUACAAAUUCAGAUAUUGGAAGACAGCAGGGUAGUAAGAACCACCUUGUCUCCUUGACUAGGGUGAGACAAUGGUGCAGAGACUAUAAAGUAGCGUUUAAGGUGAACACUGUUGUAAACACUUACAACUGGAAGGAAGAUAUGAGCCAAGAGAUACUGCAGUUGGAUCCUGUCCGUUGGAAGGUAUUCCAGUGUCUACUGAUUGAGGGAGAAAAUGUUGGUCCUGAGGCUCGAAGGAAUGCUGAAUCUUUUGUCAUAACUGAUGAGCAAUUCAAGAGUUUUCUUGAUAUAAAUGACAAUGUGCCACAGCUAGUGCCAGAGUCCAACACUGCUAUGAGAGACUCCUACCUCAUCCUGGAUGAAUACGUACUGUUUCUAAUAGUCUAACAUUUUAUGGGAUUACUAUUUAUUUAUGGCUGGCCUAUAUAUACCCCAUAUUUUGACUGUAUAUAGAUAUAGGAGCACGAGAAUCAAGUGUAUCUUCAUUUUAGCAUAGGUUUUGUUAUGGGUUAUAAUUAUGUGCUCCGUUAUAUUAUCUUCUUGUGUAUGGAUUUCUGUGUGAUACUUUUGACUCUGUGGUUCCACAAUCCACACUACAGAUGCGGUUUCUGGACUGCACACAAGGAAGAAAGGAUCCUUCCAAAUCUAUUCUGGAUGUUGGUGUGAAUGAAGCCAUAAAGUUCAGUGGUUUUGAUGAAACCAUGUACAAAAAGAGAGGGGGACAUUAUGUGUGGAGUAAAGCAGAUAUGAAACUUGAAUGGUAAUCUUCUAUGUUUUUUGCACUUUGGCAUCAAUAUAUAUAGCUGUAAAUGAUGCAAAACCUAACUUGUAAUGUAGCUAUGCAGAUGUUGGAAGCAGGCCCUUUUGACAACACAGUGUGGCUCUAAAAGCUGUCUCUCCACCCGUACGAUGCUCAGUAUCGGUCUGUGCAGCCGACAGGUCUAUAGAAGCACAAUCUUCAGAUAGAGUCCCUGCUCACCACAAAGUAAUCUCUUCGUGAAGUUAUCGUUGAAGUGUCCAGGCA